AGUCAGCCACAACUCCUCUGGACUUUACUCUGAGCAGCAUUGGAAAGAAGAGAUUUGACAUUUUUCAAGCAAAAUGGAUGUGAAGCUGCUGACAGUCGUGGCUGCGCUCACGGUGAUGAUGUAUGCGCCUCCAUCUCAAGCAAAGCCUAUCAGUCUGGUUGAGCGUUGCUACUGUCAUACAACUAUCGACAGCAUCCCACGUAGUAUGAUUCGGGAGCUCCGAUUCAUCCACACCCCUAACUGCCCCUUCCAAGUGAUUGCCAAGCUGAAGACAAAAAAAGUGGUGUGCAUCAACCCAGAGAUCCAGUGGCUGCAGCAGUACCUGAAGAACGCUAUGAACAAGAUGAAAAAAUCCAAACAGACCAACUGAAAAGCCUGAAGAGAUCCAUCUGAGCCAUCACUGAGCAUUAGGACCGUCAUCGCAGAAAUGUAACAUGAGAUCAUCUGGUAUGUUUUAAAGCACUUAUCCCAGCUGCUACGCUGCAGCCCUCUGCAAGGAAUGAACCUACAACUCUUCACCGUGAUCAUCAGUCCACCUGUCCUGCCGCCGUCUUCACAAUAACUACUCCAAUCCACUUAUAGCAAAUAUUGCCUUUAUAUCUGUGACUGCAUUUUUAAAACCAUUUUGUAUAUACUUUCUUUUGUUAAUGAAUGUUAAGAGUAAAGUGAUAAUUUAGGAGAUAUACUCAUCCCUUUGGCCUUUCUGUAAUUGUGGAAAAAGCAUAUAACUUGGUCUAGGUUAUAUCCACAACAGACACAACACUGCAUUGCUUUUUGUAGGUAGAAAAGUGUGACCUGCUGAGUCAGGAAUUUAUAUUGAUCUUAAACAUGAAAUCAGCUUUUCCUUAUUGUCCCUGUGUUUGAAUUGUACGAAAUGUGGUUUCUUCUUCUAAAUAAGAGUUAAGUUUAAGUUAAUUGGCACCAAGGAAUUUCAGCCAGUGCCCGCUACCCGCACACUGAACGGAAGAUAAACAAAGGAUCCUAAUAAAAUGGGGUUUACAAUGUUAUGGUGAUGGUAAAUAGGCUCUCAAAAUCGUUUGAACAAGCUUUUCCUUGGCUGUGAUUAUAUGACCCGGAGUAACUUGCGUGCUUUUUCACUCAUUGUAAAAAUCAGAACAUCUGGUUCCCAAAAAGUUUUAAUUGACCAGCCAAUAAGUUAAGAGUUUACUGGAAGCAUAGAAUCGAAUCAGUUAAUGGAGGGGAAGAACAAAUCGUGACACUCAUCAAUUACAGCUGUCGGCUUUCUUUUAUCGGCUUCACUUGCAUGAAUUUAAAGGAGGCUGUGCGGAAACGUCAGAAGUUAAGACACACAAACGUAACACUUCCAGCUGCAGCUCAAACUCACAAUGAACAGAUCUACUUUGAUGUGACUACCUGUCUAACUGUCAUGCAGAUAGCCAAGCACUUUAUAGCUGAUGUAAUCAUGUUUUAACAGAAAAUCCCACCUUAACUCUGAUCAUUAACUUUAGCUUGUUGUCGUACUUUUAUAUCUGUGUUACCAUUGUCUUUUCUCUUUGUGAUCACUGAAUGUGUAGCUGAAGUUAACUGUUUAAAUCCGGGAGAUCUACAUGUAUGCAUCUAUUCAUUUAUAUCUCAAUGCCAUAUGUAAAUUUGAUGUAAUACAAAUGUUUUAUUUUUGUACUCCUACACAUUUAUAUAUUAAAUCCAAGCAUUUAUAUGAAGGAACUGUAGUCUCACAACUGAGCCAUCUAGCAUUAUUGUAAAACUUGUAUACAGCUGUUGAGUAAAAAGACACGGAAACAUUUACAAUGUCAUAGUUUUAAUGUGUGCUUUCCUGUACUUGUUAUGCCGUUUUUUUUAUCAUACAUAAUCACACACUUAUGCACACGUACACACAGGCUCAUUUAAGUGACUAUACUAACUGCAAAGCAAGCUUUAUGGGGGCCCAACACACAACUGUUUAUGGGUAUCUUACUGUACUAGCGGGUCAGAGGGUAAAUGUAAGACUUUGAUGAACGAACAUGUGUUUGGCUUUACUCACAAAGGCAAAUUAAAGGCAAGGACAAUGA